AUGACCCUCACUUUAAGGGAUACUCUCAGUAUCUAGUUGACAAAUACAGGAGUUCAUGCUCAAAUUAGAGCUGACAACAAGGCAGAAAGCCCGAUAGCAGGGUCUCUUGAACUGCCAUAUUCUGAGGGACUUCAGCUCCUCCAAGGUGUGGAUUCGACAAACUAUGUACUAAAAGGAAAUCCAUUCAAACUAGAUGGGUCAGGGAGUAAAGUUAGCUCAAGUGCAGUUGCAUCUGACACUAUACAGAGAGACAUUGUAACCACCACCUCAGAAUAUGCCGCUAACUUAAAGGCUUCGGCAGAUUUCUAGUUCUCAGGUUGGGGUGCAAGUGUCUAAUUCAACUUCGCGAUGCAGAGAGAUGUCAAAUUUGGAAGCAAUUAAAAGCUGUUUGUUGCUUGGAGGAAGAUUGUCAAUGGGUACGAUGGCUACCAAUACCCUCCUGCCCUAAGAGAAGCUGCCAAGACAAUGCUAGCAGAGCCUCGGGGUGUUGAGCAAUUCGCUUCAUUCUAUGGUGACUACUAUGUAAAAGGCUGUGUAAACGGGGCUUCAAUGAGAAUGGUCGUCAGAACUAGUAGCGCAUCUAGUUCAUCAAGUGAAUCGCUAGAUGUGAGCAUAAGAGCUGGCUGGAAUGGUGGAUUCAUGUCAGUCGGUGGUGGAGGUGGAUUUAGUUAGGCUCUUUCCUCAUCAUCGACAACGAAUUUGGAGUCUGUAGAGAUUUACUAUUCCGGACAAGAUAGAGGAUCAGGUGUUAGGAGUCUCAGCAUUGCCAAAGCAGAUGAGGAAUUAACCAAUUUCGCAUCCAUCGCAAAGACUGGCACACCUCUGUAUUGUAUCCUCGAAAGAUAUGAUACUCACCCAGAUUACAUUGAUGCUCUUGCUGCUAAAGCAAGGCCUCUAGCUGGUACUCAAGAAUCAUUCAAUGAGUUUCUCAAUGACAUACUAUACUAAAAAAUGAUCAGGCUGGAAGUAAUAAUGCAGUGGUAUCUUGACGCAGGCAAGAGCCAGCAAAAGAUCCUAGAUGAGGCAGAUUUUGUCAGAUCAGUGGUUCGCUCUCGUGACAUAUUGGAAAAGGCCAGUGUUGCUGUACGUAAGGGUGCUACUACAUCCGUUGAUCUCCUCGAUGCUCAAGAAUCAAUAGAUGCUCUUGAGCAAGUCUUCUUCCAGAAUGGCAUCAGAGAUUAAGUCCUCUCACCGACAAAGAUGGUUGGACCAUUGCUUGAUUCUUAUGCUCCUACACUCACAAACGUUCUAACUCCAAGCAGCGACACUAACUUGGCAGUUGACACAGUAUUCAAAGUGCAGGACUUAGCUACAACACUUGACUUUAUGGGAUCGGUUACUUUGAACCUGGCAUUCGCGCUGCAGAGCUGGGACCAUGAUACUGUUGGUCAAGAUUAAAAGGCGCUUGACUUACUCAAAAGAUUUCAAGCUACCACGAUAUAUCCUAUUGGAGCUUUCUUAGACAAAAGCAUUGCUGAUAACCCCUUCCCACAGACCUCAAUCACCGCAGCUAUAGCUCUCUUAAGGACUCUGAAUGCUACCGUCGUCUCAGCUAAAGGUGUGUACUUAGAGGGUGCCUUCACGACCGUUUGUGGCGCCAAGCUUGCUGACUGCAUCAAAGCUUUUUUAACUGUCUGCAAUAAUGCCAGUGCCAUCUUUGACGCAAUAAGAGCACCUACUGACUCAUACCGUUGGGUUUGGCAGCCAAAUGGUGAGCGCAAGGACCUCAUUCCACAAUUUAAUCCCUAUGUUGCCAUAAUGCUCUCAUCCUAUGUGAACUUAAACUGGGUGCUCGGCGCUCAAGCCAGGAAGGCAAGUCUAAAUGCGCGAGCACCACCUGCAGCAUUGACCACUACUAAGAAGGAACUAGAGUGUGCUUUUAGAUCUUUUCUGGAUGCCUAUUAGAGGAAAUUUGAUGAAAUUAUAGAUUUCUUCGUGUACUCGCUAAAGGAUUGCUUUGCCAACAAGGAUUCAUGGUGCGGAUUAGGCAGCAAUCAGUUACUGGUGGGCCUUAAGAACGCAUAUGGUGUGAAUGCCUUGUCUACGUUUAAUGGGGCUGUUGGAGGCAUUGGUCCAUGGAGAUUUCUAUCAGGCUGGUCAAACUGUCCUUCAUGGGGCACUGUCCUAGAUGUUGGUGGCAAUUGGGCUACUUGCACUGACAACGUCCUCGUCAGAGCCAUUUCUAGAGAGGCUGGAGCCCCUGCUGAGCAGGGCGGAGGUUUAGCGAGGAUCAACGAUUGCAGCUGCGCGAGUCCUACUCCCAAGCUAGCAUUCGCUGAUUGCUACGAGCAAGAUAUUUCCCUUGCCAAAUUAGAUAGUUGGGGCUAUUGUCAGAAGCCUGGAUACUUCUGGUUCGGAUUACAUUCAACUUCACCAGCAGUAUUUGAUCUUGACAAAGUCAAGUGUUGCAAACCGAGAUACGACUGGCAAAAGCUAACCUGUUGA